CGGCUGGGACGCGCGCGACCAAGAGACGCACAGAAUGGAGAACCGGUUCAGCGUGCGCAGAGUGGAAGGCAUGGAGGAGGGCAAAGCCAGCGAGGGCGGCGGGGGCGGCGCGACGGACGUGUUCACGGCGACGUCGACGACGUGCCUGGUGACGGAGCCGCGCCGCCGCUCGUCGCUGCAGCAGCUGACGAUGGAGGCGCUGCCCCGCCUCGACAACUACCGCCAGUGGGGCAUGAAGCGGCCGUCGCUGGGGGCCCUGCACGGCGAGACGGCGCUCGCCGCCACCGCCGAGGAGCGGGAGGGAGAUGGUGGCCUUCCUGUUGGAGACCCGGACCUGGAGCCGCCGCGGCCUCCGGAGCACCAAGGCGUCAAGCUGGGCUGGAUCCAGGGGGUGCUCAUUCCCUGCCUACUCAACAUCUGGGGCGUCAUGCUCUUCCUGCGCCUCUCCUGGGUGGUCGCGCAGGCUGGCAUUGGUUUGUCGCUGGUUAUCAUCGCGAUUUCGGCCACUGUGUGCGUGAUCACCACGAUGUCCCUGUCUGCUAUAUGCACCAACGGCGAGGUCAAGGGAGGUGGUAUCUACUUCAUCAUCUCUCGGUCUCUGGGCCCCGAAUUCGGUGCUAGCGUAGGCAUCGUUUUCGCCUUCGCCAAUGCCGUCGCUGCGUCCAUGAACACCAUCGGCUUCUGCAACUCUGUCGGCGACUGGCUCGAGGAGUACAACAAAAAAAUCGUCGAUGGCGAUGUCAACGACGUUCGUAUCAUAGGUGUCCCUGCCAUCGCCGUCAUGAUCAUCAUAUGCGCUGUCGGUAUGGAAUGGGAAUCCAAGGCGCAAAACUUCCUCAUCGCUAUAAUUCUGGCUGCCAUGGUCGACUUCGUCGUUGGCAUCUCGAUGGGCCCACGCUCGGACGUCGAGAAGGCCCAGGGAUUCGCUGGUCUAAGUACGGACAUAUUCCAGCAGAACUGGGGUCCAGACUACAGGUAUAGUGAAGAGAUGGAUCAGGAUUUCUUUUCGGUGUUCGCCAUCUUCUUCCCUUCCGUCACAGGAAUUCAGGCGGGAGCCAACAUAUCUGGUGACCUCAAGGACGCGUCGAUGGCCAUCCCGAAGGGGACGCUGCUGGCGCUGCUGAUUUCGAUGAUCUCGUACGCCCUGUUCGUGCUACUGGCUGGCGCGGGGGCGCUGCGGGAUGCCAGCGGCAACGUCGCCGACCUCGUCAAUGGCACCGUGUCCGCCUGUGCUCCACACUGCCAGUACGGACUCCAGAACAGCUACACGGUUAUGCAGCUGGCCUCAGCGUGGGGCCCCCUGAUCUACCUCGGCUGCUUCGCGGCCACACUGUCCACGGCGCUGACCAAUCUGCUGAGCGUGCCCCGUCUCAUCCAGGCGGUGGGCAUUGACCGCAUCUACCCUGGGCUCAUCUUCUUCAGCAAGGGCUAUGGCAAGGCGGGCGAGCCCUACCGCGGAUACGUGCUCACAUUCCUCGUCUCCGCGGGCUUCCUGCUCAUUGCUAAGCUGAAUGCUGUGGCGCCACUCAUCUCCAACUUCUACCUGGCGUCCUACGCCCUCAUCAACUUCUGCACAUUCCACGCCGCACUCAUAAAACCACUUGGCUGGAGGCCUACUUUCAAGUAUUACAACACAUGGCUGAGUCUCGUGGGAUUUUUCAUGUGCGUGGCCAUCAUGUUCCUUAUAGACUGGCUAACAUCCGUCAUCACCUUCGUCAUCAUCUUCGCUCUCUAUCUCAUCGUGGUCUACCGCAAGCCAGACGCAAACUGGGGCAGCUCAACACAGGCGCAGACAUAUAAGACGGCACUGCACAGCGCGUACAAGCUGUCCAGUGUGGGCGACCACGUGAAGAACUACCGACCGCAGUUGCUGGCGCUCACGGGCCGACCUCAGGACAGACCCCCACUGCUGGGGCUCGCCUCGCUCAUCACCAAGGGCCACGCACUGCUCAUCUGUGGCGAUGUGCUGCAGACGCAGCUGACGCACCGUGCGAGGGAGAGGCGGCUACGCGCAGGAUCUGCGGCGCUGCGUGCGCGGCGCACGAAGGCGUUCUAUGCCGUCGUGGAUGGCCUGCCCUUCGAACAGGGAGCUCGGGCACUUAUGCAGAGCGCCGGCAUCGGCAAGCUCCGGCCCAACGUGCUGCUCAUGGGCUACAAGCAGGACUGGCAGAGCUGCCCCACAGACGACCUAAUCGCCUACUUCAAUGUCCUGCACCAUGCUUUCGACAACCGCAUGGCGGCAACAAUUCUGCGCAUGCAUGCUGGCCUGGACUACUCACGACUGAUAGAAGAGAUUGAAGAGAAGGACAAGGAUCAUGGCAGCCUCUCAGCAACAGUUCUGCGGCGUGCUGACUCUUCACUUGUGUACUUGCCAUCCCAUGGCUCCGACUCAGACCUCAGCAAUACAAGAGUCCUUGCUGCAUCUGCCUCACAACUGUCAGUCAUCUCCAGUGCUGACUCCACAGCUUAUCUGCCAACUGACAGCAUCACACCAAACCGCCGUUUUAAUGUCAACAACCACAGCCCACGCUCUGUACUCAAAUCGAAGAAAAGGAACCUAGCAUCACAGUUUGCUACUGCUUUGUCAGACAGUGGCAAGGAAAUCCCACUUGACCUACUCACCAGCAUGACCAAAUUUGACACAAAGCAACCAAAGGGCACAAUUGAUGUAUGGUGGCUGUAUGAUGACGGAGGUCUUACAAUCCUGCUGCCAUACAUAAUCAGCACAAGAAGCAACUGGUCAAGCUGUAGGUUGAGGGUGUUUGCCCUUGCCAAUCACAAAAAUGAUCUUGACCUUGAGCAAAAAAAUAUGGCAAACUUGUUGACCAAGUUCCGUAUUGAGUAUUCCAGUCUCACAAUGGUCUCUGGCAUUACAGAAAAGCCACAGCCUGAUACACUGGCAUUUUUUGAAAAAUUAAUUGAAGGUCUGAAAGCAUCUCACAGUGGCAUGACUGAAGAAGACUUGGCAGCACAAGAAGAAAAAACUUACCGUCAACUUAGACUACGUGAAAUGCUCUUAAAACAUUCCCAUGAUGCAUCACUUGUUGUCAUGUCUCUGCCAAUGCCAAGAGUGGGUGUGGUGUCUGCACCUCUCUAUAUGGCAUGGCUUGAAGUACUUACAAAGGACAUGCCACCAUUCCUACUAGUGAGAGGAAACCACACUUCAGUUCUGACUUUUUAUUCUUAGUACUGGACUUCAUAAUUCAAAAUAUAAUUUUCACAACAGGAAGAAGAUUUGUGUUACUUCCUGUAUUAUGUUUUUACACUAAUGGUAUUAUAUUGUUAGUGUGAGAACUGCUCUUGUAAGAUGCUGAUAUUCAUCCAGUUGGGCACUUUUUUGUGCUAGUCCAUUAUUCAUCUUACUCAAAUACAAACAUGUGAGAUUAUCAUUAUUUAUUUCUUAGGAAAAGUGCAGUAUCAUAUAUUAUUCAUAUAAAAAAUGAAAUUAUUUGAAACUUUGUAAAGGUGGGGUAGUUUACAUAUGUGAUUCAGUGUUGCCUGAAGUAUCAUACAUUACAUAUACUGUAAAGCACUCUCACUCUUAUAGUUACUUUUUCAUGAGUCAUAAUGAGACAAGUGACAAAUCAACCAUGUAUGUAUGCAGCCUAGCAAUAAUGUGCUGUUUUGGAACAUAAGAGCAAACCCAACUAAUGUGUGGUUCUGAGGCAGAUUUUGGCUGCUGUUACUAUCAGAGGGGGAAAAAAAUGGAAUUUAUAUCUCUUAUGUAAUGAAGAGCUGUCCCAAGGACUUUUGUAUACAUUAUUAAUAAUUACAAACAUAGUUGUUCGUAGAAAUCACUUAAGCUCUACAAGCGGUUGUUCUUGAAUGUACAUCUGAGAUUAUAUUAAUAUGAUAUGCUAAAUAGCUAUAACAUAUUUUUGUAAACUGGCAUAGAUAAUGCUUAUCAACAAUUGCUUGCUUGCAUUUGUAAUGGAAGCUGUUACAGCAGUUUUAGCAGUUAACAGCUCUCUAAAUAGACAAUAGGCUGAACUUCCUAUUUGCCUGUAAUUCACCAUUUAUGUUAAAAGUUCUGAAAACUGAGUGAAACGUUGAAAUAAGACAUGCUUAUGUGUAUGUGAAACACCAAAGAUGAGACUUUGUCCAAAAAGACAUUUCCUAGUUUAAAUGUA